GGACACCUUGUACAGGAUAUAUGUACGUGAUGGGAUUGAUAUAACAGGCAAAAAAACCUAAGCUAGUAUCAACAUCUUUUUUUUUUUUAAAGUGCAAUUAUGUUCGGUCGGUCAAGGAGUUGGGGAGGAGGACAGGGGAAAACAAAAAAUAUUCAUUCCCUGGACCAUCUCAAGUAUAUGUACCAUGUCCUGACUAAGAACACGACGGUAACCGACAGCAACAGGAACUUGCUGGUGGAGACCAUUCGCUCCAUCACUGAGAUACUCAUCUGGGGAGACCAGAACGACAGCUCCGUCUUCGACUUCUUCCUGGAGAAGAACAUGUUUGCGUUCUUUCUGAAUAUCCUUCGUCAGAAGUCCGGUCGCUACGUCUGUGUCCAGCUACUCCAGACGCUCAACAUCCUGUUUGAAAAUAUCAGCCACGAGACGUCGCUCUACUACCUGCUGUCCAAUAACCACGUCAACUCCUCCCAUCAUAUAACUGUGUCCUCCUCCUCUCUCCUCCUCCUCUCUCCUCCUCCUCUAGACUACCUGCUGUCCAAUAACCACGUCAACUCCAUCAUCGUUCACAAGUUUGACUUCUCAGACGAGGAGAUCAUGGCCUAUUAUGUGUCCUUCCUGAAGACCCUGUCACUCAAACUGAACAACCACACCGUACACUUCUUCUAUAACGAGCACACUAAUGAUUUUGCCCUGUACACCGAGGCCAUUAAGUUCUUCAACCACCCAGAGAGCAUGGUCCGUAUCGCAGUCAGAACCAUCACACUGAACGUCUACAAGGUCUCAUGUAAGUCUAAUUAAUAAAUGCACCUCACU